UUUCCUUUUUUUUUUUUUCCCGCUUGGAGCUUUUUUUAUCACCUUCAUCCAUAGCUGAACGGGGAUUGCCACCGCCGUAAGAGGACGGCCUCGUUUCUCCUGGGGGUAUCUUGUUUUCCUACUCAGUAUCAAACGACCAAAAGGACUUGUUGCUUCCGCCUCGCUUGUUUGUCUUGUUCGAGCAGGAUACAGUCUAGCUAAUAGCGCAACUUUGGACAAGUUUACCACGAAUACCUCUCCGUCCGUGUAGGCUGCUGGCAAGUUCUUGCAUUAGCUGUGCUGCCCGUGUUUGUUGAAAAAGCAAACUCAAAAAGCCAAGCGCAAAGGACGGCGCAACGACCAAUCCGGUCGGACCGUCCAGUAGUUGUGUUUUAGUAGUAUCCCGCACAUUUUUUACUUUUGCAUAUACCUCGCUCUGUGACCAUGGACUGGUCGCAGCAAAUGGGUGGAUACUCUACUCAACAGCUAGCAAUGGUUCAGCAGGCACAACAAGUCCAGCUGCAACAGCAACCGUCGCAGAUUAUGAGCAGCUAUGCCACGUUGAUAUCUCCCACUGCCACUCCACCACCGUCUGCGGAUACCGACUUGAAUGUUCUUCUCAACAAGCCCGAUCAGUCAGCAUUCCUGCCUAGCCCUCCGCAGCCGUCACUGCCACAGCCGGCUCAGCAGGCGACUUUCGACCCAACGCCUGGCCCUUCGCCGCAGACCAGUGGGACACUCCCUCGCCGAGUGUCGUCUGCAAGACGGGAGCGGCACGGAGCAGAGUUGGCAAGUUUCCAAAAAGAUAGAUUCCCACAGUCCUCGAGGGACAAUCGAUACCCGGAUUUUUUGGAACAGCUGCUGCAGGUGUUUGAAAAGGCAAAGGACUUGAUCGGAGGAGGAACCUGUGAUGUUCAGUUCGCAAGGGAUGCUCUUCGAGACGUUAGAGCGCGAGUGUCUGCUGCCAACAGCACAAGAGGCUGGCGCAUAUGGCUCAAGGAACCGCUUUUCAAUCGCUUCCGAGAUGUCAAGCAAUGCUGUACGCCUCCUGAUACUACCCACGCAGAGUUUGUAGAGCUGUUGCUGGACCUGUAUUAUCUUGUUCAAGAAGAUCAGUGGCAGCAGGUUCGAGAGACGCUUUUGCAACCGCGGACGACACCCCUUUCUUUUGGCACACACGAUGCCCAAGUCUCUUUCAAGGUGGAGAAUGGAACAGUUGGCGCAAGUGUGGCGACGAUGCAUGGUGAACUGCUAUCGUCUUCUGUGCAGCAGCAAGUGCAGCAAGCGUUACAGCAGGCACUUCAACAACCAGUCGGAAACGCCCUUCAGCAACAGCUAUCGGAGCAAGGACAAACACCUGUCUCGUUUUACAUACCUGAUGGGUCUGUUCAGAUGACGCAAUCCGCAAUGGACAACCAAACGCCAAUGAUGGAUCUGGCGACGGUACCUUCGGGCUGGACCCUACCCGUUUCGACAGAAGCCUUGGCGGCAUCCCAAAUGGAGUUACAUCCUCCUUUGCAUCCCCUGAGUACGGCCCAAGCCAUGGAGGAUCUACAGUCAGGUCAUAAACCUCCGCCUGUUGUGACAACUACGCUCCCUGGGCGUCCUGUGCGGAGAUCCUUGUCAUCCCCAGGCGUUGCAAGACCAAGAGGAAUACCGCGAACCCAGCAAUUGCCGACACACCAGGAUUACAUUCAGACCACUUUGAACCGUGCGAAGAGUUUUGGUGGUGGCAUGAGGCGGCGAAAAGACGAAACUGGAGGGACCGGUCUCCAAAGGAAAGGUUCUUUGCGAGGGACAAAGUCCUCGGGAACAAAGUCAGAUGAUGUUCCCACCUCUCGAGCGCCAUUUGUCAUGCAUCACAGACACGGCAGUACUGCUAGCACAAGUUCUGCUUUGUCAUGUGCUACUGGUACCUCGACCUCGGCGUUUUAUGCAAGGGAUUCUCCGGCGCUACAACCAGUGCCAAACAGUCCAGCUCAACAUCAGUGGCCACCGGAAUCCGAGGCGCUCAUGCAAGGGCUGGAAGCUAUUAGUCUGAGUGAUUCCAAGGACGCUGCAAUUGCCGCAGUGGCUGCUGCUUACAUCGAGCAACAGCAACAACAGCAUCAGCACGAGCAGCACCAACAACAACAGCAACAACAACUACAGCAGCAGCAGCAGCAGCAGCAUCAUGAACAACAUCCUCAACAACAACAGCAGCACGAGAUGCAAGUACAGGCUCAAGCUUUCAACGUUGGCGGUGGCCUGUUCCCUACUCAGUUGGUGCAGCAGCCCGUUUCGCUCAUGACGUACGGACAAAUAGUUGAACAUGCUGCUCAACAACAGCAGCUGGCGCAACAUCAGUUUGCCGAGCAGCAGUUUGCUGAACAACAGUUUGCUGAACAGCAAUUUGCCCAGCAGCAGCUGGUCCAGCAACAGCUUGCUCAACAACAUCUCGCACAGCAGCAACAACUCGCCCAACAACACCUGGCUCAACAGCACCUGGCUCAGCAGCAAGUAGUGGAACAGCACCAUCUUGCACAACAAUACUCACAACCGCCUCCAAGCUCCUCCGUGGCACAACAAUCAUCGGAACAAGCCCAGGAAGCAAUGUUCAAAUAUACUACGUUGGAGGCGAUCCCUGAUAGCAGUCCGUAUGGUUCAACCUCUAGCUUAUUGGAUACGAUGAUUGUCGACGAGAAGGAUGAGGGGGUUCAUCUAUCACAGAUCGAACCAGGAGUGCAUGGUACCUUGGAGAGUACAAAGGCGACAAAUGCGAGUCUGGAUUCAAUCUUCAAAACGUUGAUAGACGGAGACCCUACAGAGUCACAGCAGAUGUUUGACGAGCCGCCAGGGUUACUCGGUCAGCAACAUGGUGUUAUGAGCACAGUCCCGCUUAUGACGGACAUGAAUGGAACAAUGGUGAUGAUGCAAGGAGAGUACCAAAGUAGAGCUCCAUCGGUUCAAACGGAACCUGUGCGCCCUUUCCCUGUACGCACCACGUCCGUGCCGACGACCUAUCAGGCACACCCGGCGUCUCACGCUCAGCGGCACCAAACGUUCACAUAUGGUACGAUCCCACAACCCACUGCGUACGCCCAGCCGUUUAGUACCCAAUCCCAGCGUGUGCAGAUUGACCCAACACCUGCUCCACUUCCGCCAUCAUAUCCGCAAGUAUCUGUUCAGGUGCCUAUCAUGCCGGCUCAUGUCCAGGCGCAAAUCCCAGUCGGACGUAACCGUUCAAAGACCAUUUCAAGGUUUAUUGGAAGAUUGCCAUUCAUCAGGAGUGGUUAGAUUCACAAAAGGACAUAUGUCAUCAUUGCUUGCACCUGUCCCCUUUUGAUGGCGGUUUUAUUGGGAUUUUAUUCAGGAUGAUUUUAUUAUUUUUGAUGUACUUUAGUUUUGUGCUAUUGGAAAGCGGCGUCGAGUGCUAGUCAUAGAGGGCAUUUUAUGCUUUUGUGAGCCGGUAGGACGCUUUGGCUCUAGAUUGUUCGUGCACCUUUUUUUUUCUUUAGAAUAUUACCGAGAUACCAUUAUAACCUUACG